GGUGUGUCUACCUCUGACCUUAUUAUUAAAUGACAGAAAGGUAUGGGAAAUAAGCAGCUGCUUCGAAAGGAUACAUGUGGGCAUAAGACAAACCAGUAGCAGAAAUCAGAUCACCCGAAGUAUGAUGUUACCAGGAAUUAUAGUGUUCAUGGCUGCACUGACGUUGACACAUGCUGGUGCAAAUACCAAACAGUGUAUGCUGGAAAUUGACAAACGUGCCCUCCUCAUGAGUCUCUCUCAGUGUUCUGAUGGAACAUCAAAUGAUCCUGCUACUGUCUGCAGUCAACAUCAGAAGUGUGUAGCACAAAGCUGUAAAGAGCUAAAGGAAAAAUACAGCAUCAAGGAAGAUGGCCUGUACUACCUUACUGCAGAUGAUGGUGAGGUCUACCAGACAUACUGUGACAUGACAACCAAUGGUGGGGGAUGGACCCUUGUGGCUAGUGUUCAUGAAAACAAUAUAUAUGGAAAAUGCACCAGUGGAGAUCGCUGGACAAGUACUGAAGGAAAUGAUCAAAAUUAUCCAGCAGGAGACGGAAACUGGGUCAAUCUGGCCACAUUUGGCACAGCAAGUGGUGCAACCAGUGAUGACUACAAGAACCCUGGAUACUUUGACAUUAGUGCCAUGGAUAUAGCUGUCUGGCAUGUCCCCAACAACACACCUCUCAAAAAGUGGAAACUGGACGCCAUUUUACAGUAUCACACUGAGACGAAGUUUUUCUUAACACAUGGAAGCAAUCUACAAGGUCUCUUUAAGUUAGUGCCAGUCACGUGGAAUGGUGGAAGCUGCCUUACUAAUAAUGGGCCAGCCAUACCAGUUGUCUAUGAUUUGGGAAACGCAGACUCAACUGCUAAACUGUACUCACCCAAUGGAAGAAAUGAAUUUGUCGCUGGGUUUAUCCAGUUCCGCGUUUUCAACCAUGAGAAAGCAGCAAUGGCGAUAUGUUCAGGUGUGAAAGUAACGGGAUGUAACACUGAACAUCACUGUAUCGGAGGAGGUGGUUAUUUCCCAGAGGGUAAUCCAGUACAGUGUGGAGAUUUCACUGGAUUUACAUGGAAUGGUUAUGGAACCGGCCAAGACUGGAGUGUAACCAAACAGAUGCUGGAAUCAGCUGUUCUGAUAUUUUAUCGUUGAGAGACAUUUGCUUCAAUGAAUAACAGUGUCACUUUUAUUAAUCUACAUUAUCCCCUCACCAACAUUUACCUUAGAGUUUCACUAAUACUCAGCAAUACUGUAUAUAUUUAAUUACACCAUCAGAAUCCAGACAAUGUAAUUUGUAUAAAACAUAAACAUUUAUAAACAAUAAAACAUUAGGAAGUGGGCCCAAGUUUACCUAUGGAAGAGGUUCAAACCUAAAAAGUAUAAUAGAAAGAAAAAAUAGUUAAAAAGGGAAAAGCAUAGAAUCCAACAAUAUAGGAAUGAGAAAAUGUGGGGCAUGUUCUUAUUGUAAGGAUGUUCGAACAGGGUUGUCCAUUAAGAUAAGGGACAAGUCAUGCAUUUUAAAUGGGAGAUGCAAUUGUGAAACUAAAGGCGUAGUGUAUGUUGCAUUUUGUGAUUCAUGUCCCUCUUUCUAUAUCGGUAAAACCGAAAUAAAACUCAAGCAAAGAAUAUAUGAACAUCAAUACAGUAUUCUUAAGGGGGAUAUGAAUAAUGCACUAGCUAAGCACGUUAUGGUUCACCCAGAGCACAAAUUCACUUUCUCUGUAUUACAACAAAUCCCAUUAGACCCAAGAGGAGGGCCUUGGCAACUUAUCCUCGAAGAACAGGAAACUUCCUGGCAAAUAAGGACUCUAGCUUAUUUCCCCCAGGUUUAAAUGAAUUUAUGUCCAUUAAGAGUAUUCUAAAGCUUAGGGCAUUACAUAGAUAAUGGUUGGGCGCAUGCAAUAUGAAAGUAAGAUAAGCAGGUAAUUAUUAAAAGCUUGUAGUAAAUGUUUGACUUAAUUAUGAAGUUGUAACAUGUUAAUAUAUUUUAAUCAUUUUGAUUAUAAACAUGCAUAUGAUUAUUUAAGAAAAAAUAUACAUAUAUUUAAACAGAGGUUUUAUAUUGAUUUUUUUAUAUAUAUAAUGCACCUAUUGUGCUAAUUUUAAAAGGUGGUUUAAUAGUAUGUGCUUAUAGUUGUUUUACAAGUAGCAAAUGGUUGAUUGAUAAUUAAAUGAUUAAUUAUGUUGAUCAAGCAUAUAAAAAGGUUGGUAGUUAUGUUGUAAAGUUGUCUGAAGAAGUGGGGGCAUUGACCUCCACGAAAGCGCUUACAUUAAAGGUUUGCAUUUUA